AUGGGAGAUCUAAAAGAAGAUACCGACGACAUCCUUAACUUUGCAGAAUUAAUUGAUAAAUAUAACUCGUCCAAGGCUCAUAAUAGACUGAAAAACACGAUCGCUGCUCUUACUGCAGCAAUUGCAAUACUUUUACUCGUCCUCGCAUUCUUUUAUGUCCAGCACGUCCAAAUGCUUGACAUUAUCCAAAAGCAAGCGUCUAUUCUUGAAGGGAAAGAAGAAAUGAUCAAGAAAAUUCUGGAACAUGGAGACAAGAACUCUUGGUCCAACUUCCUCAUGAGGCAAUUAACUGAAUACUCAGAACGUGCCAUUUUAGGAUACGGGUAUACUUUUGCUUCGAAGGUCUUGAGCUUUUUCUAA